AUGUUUCGCUAUGAUAAAAUGGAAAAAAUUGGAGAAGGGACCUACGGGACAGUGUUCAAAGCGAGAAACAAAGAUUCCGGAGAAAUCGUAGCAUUGAAAAGAGUGAGAUUGGACGACGAUGAUGAGGGCGUUCCGAGUUCGGCUCUUCGCGAAAUCUGCAUUCUUCGAGAAUUAAAACACCGAAAUGUCGUCCGUCUUUACGACGUUGUUCACUCGGAAAAUAAGUUGACACUCGUUUUCGAAUACUGCGAUCAGGAUUUAAAAAAGUUCUUCGAUUCUUUGAAUGGCUUCAUGGAUCCACAGACCGCUCGCUCGUUGAUGAUCCAACUACUACGCGGAUUAUCAUUCUGCCACACCCACCAUGUUCUUCAUCGCGAUCUCAAACCGCAAAAUCUUCUAAUCAAUACAAACGGAACCCUAAAACUUGCUGAUUUCGGUUUAGCGAGAGCUUUCGGGGUUCCUGUUCGCUGCUUCAGCGCCGAAGUCGUCACUUUAUGGUAUCGUCCGCCCGACGUCUUGUUUGGAGCGAAAUUAUACAACACUUCCAUUGAUAUGUGGUCAGCCGGAUGCAUAUUUGCAGAAAUCUCAAACGCCGGACGACCUUUAUUUCCCGGUGCUGACGUCGAUGAUCAAUUGAAGCGAAUCUUCAAACAACUCGGGACACCGACGGAAGAGACAUGGCCUUCAAUUUCGCAGCUGCCCGAUUACAAGCCUUAUCCGAUUUAUCAUCCGUCGUUAACUUGGAGUCAAAUCGUACCGAACUUGAAUAGUAAAGGAAGAGAUUUACUACAAAAGCUCCUCGUUUGUAAUCCGAGCGGCCGGAUAGACGCUGACGCCGCAUUGCGACAUUCGUAUUUUGUGGACAUAAGUGACGUUUAA